AUGGGCGGAACAGGUAGCGCUUUAGCCUCCGGAAAUCCUGCUCCGCGAGCCUUUUUGCUGUCGCUGCGAGCUUUCCACUUGGCGUUGGCUGGGGAGCUGACGGAGGCGGAGGAGCUCCUUGAAGAUACCAAGAAAGAAAUGGAAAAAGUGCUGGGACUAGACCCUGCCGUAAGGGCGGCUGCGCACAGGGCUAGGGCCGAGCUCGCACGGGCACGGAACAAACCGGGGGAUGUUUACAGGGAGACCCUAUUCUUUCUUGCAUACACCUCUGCUGGGUCCUUGAAGGAAGAGCUUAGGAUAAAGCUUGCUAUGGACAUGUGUAUCGCGGCCCUCAUCUCCCCUGAAGUGAAUGAUUAUGGAGAGCUACUCCAGCAAGGCUUAGUCCGCUCUGCUCUGAACGACGGGGGCGAGAGGCAAUGGCUUUACGAUCUCUUAGAGGCUUUCAGUAGGGGAUCUCUUGAUCUCUUUGACAGGGUGGCCGUAUCCCCUGUACUUUUGGUCUUUCCGGCCAUCGGUAUCUGCGCUACCCCCUACACCCCUCAUUCCUGUGCGCUCUUUCGUGUUGUUGUCUGUCAUCAGCCCAGCUCGCACUUAAAGGUGCUGGAGAAAAAGGCGGCAACGGCUGCGCUGCUUAGACUGGCAUUUGCUAGUAGUGCUGCAGGCGCGGCGUUGCAGCAGGAAAUUCAGGGGUCUCCUCUAUCAUCGGGGGACGGCAGCAGCAAUGGCCAAUCUGUGGGUGUAUCUCUAGGAUCACAGGCAUCAAGGGCCCUCUCUUUCGCUGCAAUCGCCACCGCAUGCAGGAUCGAACAAGAGGACGUAGAGAGGCUGGUCAUGUCUUCCAUGGCUCAGAAGCUUCUCAAAGGAAGCAUCAACCAAAUAAGCAAAACAGUUCAUUUGCACUGGGUCAGGCCCGCACUGCUCACGGAUGAUACGAGUUUACGGGUGUUGCAGGACCGUCUUUGCCGCUGGGCCUCUGCUGCAGAGGAGCUGCACAGGACGCUACAAGUCCAAACAGCUGAACUCCUAGGUGCCUGA